AUGCCACAGAGUUCAACAGAGAUGGACUUUUUCUCUGAAUAUGGUGAUGCAAAUAGGUACAAAAUUCAGGAGGUUAUAGGAAAAGGAAGCUAUGGUGUUGUUUGCUCAGCAAUUGACACUUACACCGGUGAAAGGGUGGCAAUAAAGAAAAUCCACGGUAUUUUUGAACACAUCUCUGAUGCGGCUCGAAUUCUCCGUGAGAUAAAACUGUUGAGGCUUUUAAGACAUCCCGACAUUGUUGAGAUUCAGCACAUUAUGCUACCACCUUCAAGAAGAGACUUUAGAGAUAUUUAUGUUGUUUUUGAGCUAAUGGAGUCGGAUCUUCACCAAGUCAUCAAAGCUAAUGAUGAUUUGACACGGGAACACUAUCAGUUUUUUCUUUACCAGUUGCUUCGUGCUCUGAAGUAUAUUCAUACAGCAAAUGUCUACCAUCGAGAUUUGAAGCCUAAAAAUAUAUUGGCCAAUGCAAAUUGUAAACUCAAAAUUUGUGAUUUUGGGUUGGCGAGAGUUGCAUUCAGCGACACACCUACAACAAUAUUUUGGACGGAUUAUGUUGCUACAAGAUGGUAUAGAGCUCCGGAACUAUGUGGGUCAUUCUUCUCUAAGUAUACACCCGCAAUUGAUAUCUGGAGUAUAGGCUGCAUAUUUGCUGAGGUUUUAACAGGCAAGCCACUUUUCCCUGGAAAGAAUGUUGUUCACCAGCUGGAUUUGAUGACUGAUCUGCUUGGGACACCGUCAAUGGAUACCAUUUUACGGGUACGAAAUGAAAAGGCAAGAAGAUACCUUACUAGCAUGAGAAAGAAACAGCCUGUGUCUUUUGUACAGAAAUUUCCUAAUGCAGAUCCCUUAGCACUACGACUAUUAGAAAGGCUUCUGGCUUUUGAUCCCAAGGAUCGGCCAACUGCUGAACAGGCUUUGGCUGAUCCUUACUUCAGGGGACUGGCCAAAGUUGAGAGGGAACCAUCUUGCCAACCAAUUACAAAGAUGGAAUUUGAGUUUGAGAGGCGAAGGUUUACAAAGGAGGGCAUACGUGAAUUAAUUUUCCGCGAGGUACUAGAAUACCAUCCUCAGCUGCUUAAAGAUUACGCAAAUGGGAUUGGAAGAACAAAUUUUCUCUAUCCGAGUGCUGUUGAUCAAUUUAGAAAACAAUUUGCACAUCUAGAAGAAAAUGGUGGUGAAAGCGGGCCGGUGAUUCCGCUUGAGAGAAAGCAUGUCUCUCUACCUAGGUCUACCAUUGUACACUCAAAUACGAUCCCUCCAAAAGAACAACUAAAUGUUGCUACCUUAAAAGAUCAGCAAGUUGAUAAAGAUUUGUGCAAUAGGAAGUCUAGAAAUUCAGAUGGAAUAAACGGGAGUUUGACAAGAAACUCACAGGCUCCACAGAAGAUCCCACUGGCCAAACCUGGAAAAGUUGUGGGGCCAGUUGUGUCAUAUGAGAGUGGAAAUGUCAGCAAAGAGUGUUAUGAUCCUAGAACAUUGGUCAGAAUGCUCCCUCCCCAAGUUAUCCCAACAACAUAUUGUCAUGGGCGGAGUGGCCCAGGAAAGCAGGAAAGAUCAGUGACAGGGAAGGAAUCGUCUUUGCAAACUAAACAUAUCCCUCAAUGUGGCAUGGCCCCCAAAUUAGCCCCGGAUAUUGCCAUCAACAUUGACACCAAUCCAUUUUAUAUGACGAGGGCUGGAGUGAUGAAGAGGGACCAUCUGGAUGACAGAAUGGCAAUCGAUACAAACUUGUUGCAGGCUAAAGCUCAGUACAGCGGGAUUGGUGCCAUUGCUGCUGCUGCACACAGAAAAGUAGGUACGCUUCAGUUCGGAAUGUCCAGGAUGUACUAG